AUGGGAACUGUCACUCGCCGUGCUAUCGAAAAGACGUGGUUGACUGCAUCAAAUGCCAAGGCAAAUCGUAUUGGAUCCGAGCUGAAAACCCUCGUCCGUGCUCCCGAAGGCUAUGCUAUUGUUGGAGCUGAUGUGGACUCAGAAGAACUCUGGAUAGCUAGUGUUAUUGGCGAUGCCCAGUUUGGCAUUCAUGGCGCCACUGCGAUCGGAUGGAUGACUCUUGAGGGUACCAAGGCGGCUGGAACGGACUUACACUCCAAAACUGCGAGCAUACUCGGCAUUUCCCGCAACCAAGCCAAGGUGUUCAAUUAUUCACGCAUUUACGGAGCAGGAAUCAACCACGCGGUACUGUUGCUUCUCCAGCAUAGCGCAUCAAUGAAACAAGACACAGCGAAGGCUCUUGCGCAGAAUUUAUAUGCGUCAACCAAAGGGAAGAGUACAUAUUCAACCUCUAUGUUUGGGCGAAAGUUUUGGUACGGUGGGACAGAGAGUUAUUUGUUCAACAAACUUGAGCAGAUUGCGACCUCGGAUAACCCUCGAACCCCCGCUCUGGGUUGCGGCGUCACAUCCGCGCUUUCCAAAAAGUAUCUACCCAAGAACUCGGGCGAAGACUACAUGACAUCACGCAUAAAUUGGGUCGUCCAAUCCUCUGGGGUCGACUAUUUGCACAUGCUCAUCGUAGCUAUCGAUUAUCUCAUUCAAACUUAUGGAAUCAAGGCACGGUACUUGAUUUCUAUUCAUGAUGAAGUACGAUACCUGGCCGAGGAGGGAGACAAGUAUCGACUUGCGCUUGCUCUACAGAUUGCGAAUCUAUGGACAAGAUCUAUGUUCGCAUACAAGCUUGGAGGUGGAUAUGACUUGCGUCACGCCUUCCCAGCCAUAUCCGCUUCCACCAGGAGAAUCACUGAUAUACAUCAAAUCCUGGAGAAGACUUCUGGGGGAUCCUUGCACCCAGAUGGCACAACAUCACGCGUGGGAUGCGAGCCCGAACUAAAGACCCCGCCCAAACCUUACGCUGCCCCGGACGUACUAGCUCACCGCGAGGCUUACGAAGAGUUCCUGGAGGCCCAGUCCCUUAAAGACACAUACGACAUAAGGACACUAGCCCAAGUAGUAAGAUCGAGAGAGCGGGAAAGGGAAGCUGAGCUUGAAGCUCAUGCGAACACCCGCCCAAAGUUGGCCAUUCCAAAGGCUAGCGCUCGGCAAGCCCAAGAAAGCUUAUUGGGUUGGAUCGCUUGA